CCAUAUAGUUCAAAUACAAUGGUAAUGCAAGUAUUGUUCGAGUAUCAAUCACAAUCCAUGAACAUAUGAUUAUCUAGAAAUAAUUUAUUUUCUAAAUGAUAAAUUAAGUUUGUUUAAUAGAACUUUAUAAAAAAGAGAAGUUACUGUGUUCAAUAUGUUUUUAUCGAAAACGAAUUCCCUUAUAAAGUCGAAAAUUCUCACAGGUUAUAUUAACGAACACAUUCAUUGUAUUAAACAAAGAAGGCCAUGUUUAUGCAUAAUAAAGGCAUACAAUUAUAGUAUUUAUACAAAUGUCAAUACAAGCCAUUUAUGUUCUUUAUUGUGUAACAAAGAUGGAUUUAAUAAAAAUAGUUCAUUGAGAAUGGACAUUCAAAGAUGUCUUUUAAAUUCAUUGAAUCUCCAAAGAAAAUUGCAUACAGAAAGUUUACCAAACGAUGCCGACGUUUUUGGAGAUCUUUCAUAUGAAAAAUAUGAAGGAGUUGAAAUGGAUGAGGAUGAAUUAGAAGAAGAAAGGUUUACAGAAAAUGAUGCAAAAAUUCCAAACUGGCAUAAAUUAAGAGAUAGUCAAUAUCAUAAACUUAUUAUUUCUUACAUAUCAAGACGAGAUUUAAAACAAGCAUUAAGUGUAUUAGAUACUGUGAAGGAAAAUCGUAGCAAACCUACAGUAUUUAUGUUUAAUCUUUUAAUUCGUGCAUUUUCUUUACAAGGAGAUAUUAAAACAUGUUUUAAGCUGUAUAACAAAAUGAAAAGAUAUGGUUUAACUCCUACUGGAGCAACAUAUAACAGUUUAAUAAAUGCUUGUGCAAUAUCCAAAAAUACAGAGAAAGCAUUAGAACAGUUGCAUUCUUUAAGACAACAUUUUUAUGAGACCAAUUAUGUUUUAAAUGAAUCACAUUAUACAACUUUAAUAAAAGCUUACAGUUGGCAUAAACAAAUUACAACUGCUUUUGAAAUAGCAGAUGAAGUAAGGGACAAAUAUCUUAUUUCACCAAAUAUAUAUGCUUCUCUAUUUCACUCAGCAAUUUCCGAUAAAGAAAAUGGUUUAAAAUAUGCUUUAACUUUAUGGUAUCAGAUGAGAAAAAAUAAUGUAAAGCCAACAAUAAUUCAUUACAAUCUACUUCUGAGAGCAAUUAGAGAUUUAAAUUUUGGAGACUUAAAAGUAAAUGAUAUUGUAAUAUCAAAAUUAUUAGGUACUCAAGUUAAUCUGAAUGAAACAGGAAAAAUGGACUUAUUAGAUUCCCCACCAGUUUUAAGUAUUUCAUUUCUUAAAAUGAUGAAAGAGGUAUUACAAAAAAAUAAGUCCACAAAUCAGAUGUCAGUAGACAAUGAUUCAAAGGCAGUUGUGAUUGACAGAAAUGAAAUAUUGUCUCAAAAUUUAAAUGACAUAUUAGAAAAGAAUAGAUUAAUUUUAUUUGGAGGAAUUGAAAAUAUAUGGAAAAAAAUGGAAAAUGAUGAUGUACAACCUGAUGUUAAGAUAAUUUCAAUGUUGUUAAAAUUACUUCCACCUUCACUGGAAGCAGAAAAAGUUUUCCUUGACCUAGUCAGGGCUAAAAAUGUAAAAGUGGAUAUUAGUUUUUUUAAUAUACUUAUUCACAAAAGAAAUAUUAGGAAACAGUACAAAGAAGCAAAAGAUGUUGUUAAUCAAAUACAACAAUAUAAUCUUCGACCAAAUAUUAUGACAUUUGGAGUACUGGCUCUUGGAUGUCCAAAUCUUAAAGAUGGAAUGGUUUUUUUAGAACAAAUGAAUAACAUUGGUUUUGUGCCAAAUGCUGUCAUUAUAGAAACACUCUUAUACAUGGCAUGUUAUCACAAAGAUUUUCGUUAUAUACUAUUUUUGAUGGAAUUUGUAUUACAGAACAAGAUGAACCCUUCUCAACGAUUCUUUGAAACUAUAAAAAGAUUUGAAAAACUAUUGUUUGAUAUUUUUGCAAGUGAGAAUAGAUACAAUCGUAAGGAAGUGAGGAAACUGAGAAAUGACUAUAACAAUUUUAAAAUAUUGUAUGUUGAAUGGGAAGAAAAAAUCGAGAGACUUAAUAAAAAAUAAUGUCCAUGAAUAUACUUAUGAAUAAUAAGUAGUGUCUACUUCUUGUUCCUGCAUUGAUCGCUCGAGAAGGACAGGUCCCGCGGAUACUAAGUUUGUUAUAACCUGUAGGUCCUGUUGGUUGUGCUCCACAUGUUUCUAAUGCUACGAAAUCAUCAACAUGAAGAGAUGGUGGUCGCGAAGUGUUUGGUGGUCUGGAUCUAAAUGGAUCUGCCCCUCUACCUACACCUCCCACGACAGGUCCACCCCUUAAAGAAUUGGUAAAUUGCGUUCUACCUCUCAUAGGCGUAACUGAAAAAUAAUAGAGAAAAGGACAAAAGAAAAA